UGCAUCCAUAUGAACUGUAUAAAUACAUAAACUAUGUAUUGUACUAGCUUGCUUGUUCUAGAGCUAGCGUAUUGUAUUAGCUAGUUAGUGUGUGUGUAUAGCUUAUUGUGUUAGUUAGUGUGUGUCUUGAAUUUGUGCAAAGAAAGAAGGCGGAAGGAGAGAAGGGAACUAUUAAUUAAAGUGUGCAUUAAUUGGAAUAAACAGAUAUGCAGUCCUCCCCAAGCCAAGACGAUUACAGACAGUCCUAUCCAAGUCUAGUAGGAAUAGCACCACUUUUGGAUGUAUUGGGAGACCUGCCAUUGCCCUGUGGGUUGCCCACGUCUGUGGAGAGGUGUGCUCUGGGCACUAAAGGGAUAAGUGCUGACACUCGACGCCUCCUCAAUACCACGGACCCUAUCAUCACAGCCAAGAUAACAGAGGCUCUCCUAUCAGUCGAUUGCAGCUUCCUUGAUUUGAAGGAGCCCCCUCCCCAGACCGUCCCCGCCUCCCCCAACAUGAAGGCACCACCGCUCAUUCAGGCCGUUAUGUUCAACAUGCAACCUGUUAUUAAACUGGACAAGAUUGACCCAAAAUGCCUACAGGGGACUAAUCUACAUAAAAGCCAUAGACCCACACAACUAGGUGGAUGGACAAAUCUUGCUGAUACAUCAGUCAGUGUGGUCCCUGCUAGCAGUGCUAAGAAACAGAAGGUCAACAAGCAAUCCAAGAAAAGAUGUAUUGUAUCUUCAAGCUCAGAAUCAGAUAAAGCCGUACAUGCAGUGCAGCAGCGGAAGCAACCACAGGCCACUAAACGUCGUAAACUAAUAGUCUCAAUUCCGCGUAACCUCAAGAGAGAGAGUGGGCCCAACCACCUCACAGUGCGACUACCUCGAUCCAGGCUCUCUGGUGUACUACCACCACCUGACUACAAGAAGGGGGAGGAGUCUGGCUUCACUAUGAUUGAGGGACAAUCAGUACCACUCGAGCAUCAAAAAUUUCCCAAGAAAAAGAAGAAAAAACAUCAUCAUCACAGCAAGCACAAUUCUGAGCGUGACUUGAAGCUGGCCAAGUUUAUCAGAUUAUUGGAGUCUUCAGUGGACCUAAGCGUUGGAGAUGAGCUACUGACUAGUCUGGUUGUGAACAAGCUAGCCGCUGAGGUGUUCUCGUUAAAGCAACAUCGGCUACUCCAUGAGGUACCUGUGGACAGGCUGGUGGGUCUACUGCAGGUCAUGGACACUCAUGUACUGGACAGUGCUCAGCUACUGCUACACAUACCUCCAGAAGGUGUGGGGUAUGAGCCUCGCAUGUGGAGGGAGCAUUCUCGAGAUAGAGUUCUUCGUUCCUGUGAUGCGGCCAUUUGUAUACUCCAUGUAGCCACGACACCACACAUACCCAACAAUGUGCUGGUGGAGGAGUCCAUUGAACAAAUCAUCACUGUCACCAAAUACCAUCUGGAGAAUAACAUCUAUCCACAGUUUGACUUUGUCUACAAAAUGGAAUACAAAGACGCGGCUGUAGCACAUACCAAGAAGCGUCGUGGUGGUGCUGGUCACUCCACUGACAGGGACACUCUGGCUGUGUACCACAAGCUGACAGUAGUACUGGGGGAUGUAGCACACCUGGUGGAGAGCCACCCUCUCACUGAUGCCACCAUACUCAAUUUGACAGGACUUGGUAUAGUGCCUUUCUUUGUGGAGAAUGUGAGUGUCCUACAGCUGAGUGCCCUGAGGCUAGUGCGUUCGAUAUUUUCUCGAUAUGAGAAGCACAGAGACUUGAUUAUAGAGGAGAUAUUUUCCUCCCUGGCAAAGCUGCCCACAAGCAAGAGGAACCUGCGCAGCUUUAAGUUGUCCAAUGGUGGGAGUAUACAGAUGCUAACAGCUCUAGUGCUACAGUUGGUCCAGUGUCUAGUCUCACCUCGUGAUAAUAGUGAUGGGACUGAACUCAAGGGAGAUGAGCUUGACCUGCAGCUGACCACAGGCUAUGACCUUGCGCUCUCCAUUGCAAACAAGUUCUUGACAAAGUUUCAGAAAAAGUGCACUGGUGGUAAGGACGAGGAUGACUACAGACCACUGUUUGAGAACUUUGUACAGGACUUGCUCUCCACCCUCAACCUUCCAGAGUGGCCUGCCUCUGAAGCUGUGCUCACACUACUGGCAAGACUACUGACUCGCACCUUCAGUGUUCGUAGCAAUGAGCAAAGUCUUCGCCUCACGUCCAUUGAUCAUCUGGGGACAAUAGCGGCUCGUCUGAGGAGUGAUGUCAUGGCUGGGAGUGAGAGGGACGCACAGGAACACAUCGAGAUACUGGCCCAGACUCUAGAGUGUCAGGAUGACAGGAAGACUCCAUCACCCACUGAAAUGAGGAGAAUGGAUGCGUUUGCUGAUAACAUGCAGCAGUUUCAGAAGUGCCUCAUUGCCUACAUCAACAGGAAGAGUGAUACAGACCCUGCCUACACUUAUGCGAGGGAUUUCUACAUUGCCCAGUGGAUUUAUGAUAGUCAAGUUGAGCUUGAAAAAUUACUCAAAGACCCAUCAACAAUUGACGAUCUGGACGCCAUUGACACCGCAGAGAUCACCAACUCAGCUAUGGCCAUGCAGCAGUCUGAAACAAAGAUUAGUAUGUUACGGUCUUUACUCAAUCCAAAGAAGAGAAACUCUCUUAAGAGGUUGGAGGGUGUGCUGGAUGAUAAGAGAGCUGUGGUGGUCACAAAAUCACUGGCCUCGUAUAGAGCACUGUCCAAAAGCUUUGAUAUGUACCUCAGAGAUUUUAUUCGUGUACUGAAUGACCCUGCUGUGCAUGUAAGGACGAGGGCUAUGAAGUCACUCUCUACCAUAGUGGCUGUUGACCCUGGAAUACUCUCCAGGUUGGAUGUUCAGAAGAUGAUUGAGAUUAGGGGCAACGAUAACUCGACACUUGUGAGAGAAGCUGCAGUGGAUUUUGUUGGUCGUUUUAUUCUGAACAGACCAGAGCUGACACUGCAGUAUUAUGACAUGCUCUGUCAGAGAAUCAGAAGGCUAACAGAACGCAUGAUACAGGACUCAGGAGUGAGUGUUCGCAAACGUGUGCUCAAGAUCUUCAAGGACGUGUGUGUACUCCAGCCUGACUGUGUCAAGGUGGACGAGAUCUGCCUCACCAUUCUCAAGAGAAUAGAAUUUGAAGAAGUGUCAGUCAAGCAAAUGAUCGUGGGAGUGUUCCGUGAGUUCUGGUUCAGCCCUCCCCCGAUCAGCUCUGAGACUGACUCUCUCCUCAGGAGGGUCACCAGCAUCACCACUGUCGUUGGUAUGUGGAGUGAACACGAGUGGUUUGAGCAACUUGUGAAACCGAUGUUGAAAUCAGAAGACAAGGCUGCUGUAGAGUCCCUACUGUGUAUUUGCCAGAAGAUGGUGGACUGUUUAGUACAGAAAGUUCUAACUCACGAUGAGAACGUGAAGGGAGAGAAAAUGGACUUAGUCUCGUGUGCCAAGACUCUCCACUUAUUCUGUAGCCUCAGGCCAUCGCUACUUUUGAGUCAUGUGUCCACCCUCCAUCACUAUCUAGGAUCAACUACUGACGCGAUGGUCCCACUGUACAUGGCUAGGAUCUUGAAGGAUGUAGUCCCUCUCAUGGACAGGCCCUCCCCCUCGUUCCUUGCUGCCCUCGAGGGUAACAUCGUCAAAAUCAUCAUGAACUAUGGACCUAUACUGAUAGCCAGUGGUGUGGAGUGCCUGGGGGCUAUUGUCAACAGAGUGACACACAACUAUGGACUAGUGCACGACUGCUAUGCACGGUUCACAAAUUGUAUGAACUCUAUGAGGGUGAUCCGCAGUACGACCCCGAAUGACUCUCACUGGCAGUCACACAGAGGCUCUCUCCUGCGCUCCAUCUUCACUGUGGGUGUCAUGUGCAAGUACUUCAAUAUGGAGACAGUACCCGUCAAAGAGGGCACAACACGUCCGUCAGCCAAGCAGGUCUACUCCAACCUGUUGUACUUUAUCAUCAAUGGCGAUAAGGAGCUACAGAUCAAAGCCACCCAGGGGCUAGGAUUGUUGACCAUUCGUUAUCCUGAAAUGAUGCUCAAACCAGAGGUCAAGAAACUAUAUUUUGAGUGGCUGGCACGCGACUCUGAUCCAGCCAAGAAAAUGCAGGUUUUGAGGAAUAUUCUCAAUUAUCUAAAGGAGGUUGAAACUAAACUACAGAUGGCCGACACUCAAGCUACGUUGUCUGAGGUGGAAAAAACUGAUUUGCUGGAGUUUGGAGAUCAGCACUCAAGUGUGAGCAGCAGUAUAGCACAGACAUUUCUUACUCCUAUACUGGAGGCCAUGCUGCACAGUGACUGGGCUGUCAGGAAUGGAGCCAUCAAGUCGGUGGUACAGAUCAUGCAUCAGGGUCUCGUUCAUCCUAAUCAGUGUGUCCCCUACCUGAUAGUGAUGAGCACAGACAAUGAGGCAGUGACCAAGAGCCAGGCUGACAGGGAACUGUCUGAACACACUCAAAGAUAUGGGCAUCUCUUGCAGACCCAGUUGACCAGUGGAAUAAAGAAAUCAUACGAGCUACAGCAGAUUAUAGCUGGGGAAGUUCCACGAGGGUUUGCUAAUGACUCGGUGGGCAGCCAGCUCGGACUGCUGGGUCAUGUGUACACUCUCCUGCGCUCAAACAAGCAACAUCGCAGAGCAUUCCUGAGAUCACUGCUGCGACACUUCGAGGACUAUGAGAAGUGCAGUAUUGGUUUCCUGCUCUACCUGGGUGACAACCUGGCCUGCCUACCCUACAGCACGCUAGAGGAGCCUCUCUUCGUGGUCCAUCACAUCGACCUCACCGUGUCCGUCACCGGAUCUAAUCUAUUACAGCAGUUCAGAGAGACCCUAGGUACUGUCUCCACUGGACCUGCCCAUCUGGACGAUGAAGAUAUCCACUCACUCAGCCAGCAGCCUUGUGACUUGAGUCAGCUCAUUGACUGCUGUCGAUCCAGUCAAGGUUGUGUGCUCCUGUUACUACUCAAACAGCAUCUUAAGAAAUGCUACGGACUCUCUGACAGCAAGUGUCAAAAGUACUCGCCCACUGAGCCCAGUAAGACAUAUGACAAGGCAGUCUCUCGUCGCUCUGGAGUGAACUUUGACCCUCGGCAGGUGAUGGAAGAGGCUAGGUGUGAGUGGAUGGGUGAGAAACAAACACUGAAAACCAAGGACGAUUGUCUGAGACAGUACACGGAGUUCAAGGAUCUGAUGAACAAGUUGGACCCAUUUGAUGAGGAUGGCUCUGACCAGGAGACCACUAGGGGACCUCCCACAGAGACUAGGGGACCCCCCACUGAGCAGAAUAGGGCUCACGACAGCAAGGAGGCUGUCCCAGUGACCAGACCCGAGGAGGUAGAGUCUACCACACGGCGGUUAUCUCGAGUGUCCUCUGCUAGUAGUCUGACCAGCACCUCCUCACACAAGUCUCGGGGGAGGAGAGGAUCAACCUCAGACAGAAGAGUCAGGCCCAAGAAAAAGAGAAAAAUUAUGAUCAGUUCUGAUGAGAGUGAUGAAGAUCCCGACUACUACACUCGUUGAACUUUGAACUUAUCGACUCUCCCACAUGUUGCGUUCAUUGGUUUUAAAUUAUUAUCAUGUUUAGAAUUAUUAUAUCAUCACUUCAUUGAUACGCCAAUAUUAAUACCAUUCAAGAAUUUCUUUAACAAACCAUAAAUAAUCAUGUGAAA